AAGACUGUUACGUAAAUAAUUAGUUACGCGUGUGAGUUUAACCGUGCGAUUAGAAACAUAGAUUUAUCGUCGUUUAUAUAUUUUCUUUUUAUUACAUAAAUCUCUGUAGCGUUAAAAACGAAUUAUGAGGUUAACUAAUAAUUUAUUUACAAGAGUAGCAGAAUGGACGAAGAAAUAUUCUAAUUUGCCCGAUUCCUACAUAGAACGUACUAUGCGACAAGUUUAUUGGCGAACUCCUCGAGGCAAACCGCAAUAUCUUCGACGAACUCACGAACGUAAACGUUACUGGUUUUCUAUUUAUAAACCAUGGACGAAUAAUUUUAAGUUAGAAAAUAGUAAAAUGAAAUUACCUCCUUACAUACAUGUGGAACCUAUAAAAGAUUGGAGUUUCUUUCGUGGCGACAGGGUCGAAAUAUUAGUAGGAAAGGAUAAAGGUAAACAAGGUAUAGUCAAAGAAAUAAUACAGGAAAGGAAUUGGGUUAUCGUAGAAGGUCUUAAUACCAAAUUAGAACACGUUGGAAAAACUAAAACAUUUCCUGGAAUACAUGUAUCGGUGGAACAACCAUUAUUAGUUACCACAGACGUCGCUUUGGUUGAUCCUCACGAUUUGAAUGGAACUAAGAUAGAAUGGAGGUAUACGGAUGAAGGUGAGAAAGUACGUGUAUCGGUUAGAACUGGUAGGAUAAUUCCAAUUCCUGAAUCCGCGUUGGAAACGAUAGAUUAUAAGCUUCCAAAGCUUUAUAAAGAUCAAAGUAAAGAUACACCUAAAGAGGAAGUAGCAAAAGUAACAUUCAAACCAGCUUUAAAAACUUUUGAAAUGGAUAUUAUGGAUAAUAUGGGUAUCAAGGAAGAUCGUACACCUAAAAAAUCGUAUUGGUAUUAGGUUAUAUUACGUUUCUCCUCUUUUUUUUUUCAGAUUAAAAAAACGAAAUUAAAAUUGGAUUUUUCGAAUAGCUUGAGAACUUUUGGCCCACCUGGUGUACAUCUCCUCCAAUAUAUUUUUCUUGUUUUAUUUUUUUUAU